GCCGCCGCACAGGCUCCGCCCCGUCCCGUGGCUGUCCGGGCCUGGCCCAAGGUCGAGCCAAGAGGCCAGUGAGGCUCAGUCUUCUGGCCACCCGGACGCCGACCCAGUGCCUCUUAGUGCUCGAGAAGCCAGGACGGCCGCAGGCUCCAGGGUCCAGCCGCUCCUCCGCCUCGGAAGGGCCUGCUCCAGUCCCUGGUUUCCGCCGCAGCUCAGGCGCCCACCAAGUGGUUCUCCCAGGGCUGCCAACUGAAGAGCCGCUGCUGGGUUCUGGCCCCACCAUCAUGGGUAACCCGGAGGGACGCUUCCACUUUGCCAUCGACCGCGGAGGCACCUUCACAGACGUCUUCGCUCAGUGUCCGGGCGGGCACGUGCGUGUCCUGAAACUGCUGUCAGAGGACCCUGCCAACUAUGCAGACGCGCCUACCGAGGGCAUCCGUCGCAUCCUGGAGCAGGAAGGAGGCCUGCCGCUGCCCCGGGACCGGCCCCUGGACACCAGUCGCAUCGCCAGCAUCCGCAUGGGCACCACAGUGGCCACCAAUGCGCUGCUGGAGCGGCGGGGGGAGCGUGUAGCGCUGCUGGUAACUCGCGGCUUCCGAGACCUGCUGCACAUUGGCACCCAGGCCCGUGGGGACCUCUUCGACCUGGCCGUGCCCAUGCCCGAGGUGCUGUAUGAGGAGGUGCUGGAGGUGGAUGAGCGCGUGGUGCUGUACCGAGGGGAGUCAGGCGCUGGCACGCCCGUUAAAGGCCGCACCGGGGACCUGCUGGAAGUGCAGCGGCCGGUGGACCUGGGGGCCCUGCGUGGGAAGCUGGAGGGACUCUUGUCUCGAGGCAUCCGCAGCCUGGCUGUGGCGCUUAUGCACUCAUACACGUGGACCCAGCAUGAGCAGCAGGUGGGUGCGCUGGCGCGAGAGCUGGGCUUCACACACGUGUCCCUGUCCUCGGAGGCCAUGCCCAUGGUGCGCAUCGUUCCUCGGGGCCACACGGCCUGUGCCGACGCCUACCUCACACCCACUAUCCAGCGCUACGUGCAGGGCUUCCGUCGAGGCUUCCAGGGCCAGCUCAAGGACGUGCAGGUGCUGUUUAUGCGCUCUGACGGCGGCCUGGUGCCCAUGGACACCUUCAGCGGCUCCCGUGCUGUGCUCUCAGGCCCUGCUGGAGGUGUCGUUGGCUACUCAGCCACCACCUACCAGCUGGAGGGCGGUCAACCUGUCAUUGGCUUUGACAUGGGAGGCACAUCCACAGAUGUGAGUCGCUAUGCUGGGGAAUUUGAACAUGUCUUUGAGGCCAGCACAGCCGGCAUCACCCUGCAGGCCCCUCAGCUGGACAUCAACACAGUGGCAGCUGGGGGAGGCUCCCGCCUCUUCUUCAGGUCCGGCCUGUUUGUGGUUGGGCCGGAGUCAGCAGGAGCCCACCCAGGUCCUGCUUGUUACCGCAAAGGGGGCCCUGUGACAGUGACGGAUGCUAAUCUGGUCCUGGGUCGCCUGCUGCCUGCCUCCUUCCCCUGCAUUUUUGGGCCGGGAGAGGACCAGCCACUGUCCCCUGAAGCCUCCCGCAAGGCCCUGGAGGCUGUGGCCACUGAGGUCAACAGCUUCCUGACCACUGGUCCCUGCCCGGCCUCCCCGCUGAGCCUGGAGGAGGUGGCCAUGGGGUUUGUGCGUGUGGCCAAUGAGGCCAUGUGCCGGCCCAUCCGUGCACUCACUCAGGCACGAGGCCAUGACCCCUCAGCCCACGUGCUGGCAUGCUUUGGGGGAGCUGGUGGGCAGCAUGCUUGUGCCAUUGCUCGGGCCCUGGGCAUGGACACAGUGCACAUCCACAGGCACAGCGGGCUGCUGUCGGCACUGGGGCUGGCCCUGGCAGAUGUGGUGCAUGAGGCACAGGAGCCCUGUGCCCUGCCCUAUGUACCUGAGAACUUUGUGCAGCUGGACCAAAGGCUGAGUCGCCUGGAGGAGCAGUGCGUGGACGCCCUACGGGCCCAGGGCUUCCCCAGGUGCCAGAUCAGCACGGAGAGCUUCCUGCACCUGCGCUACCAAGGCACCGACUGUGCCCUGAUGGUGUCUGCUCACCAGCACCCGGCUUCUGCCUGCUCGCCCCGGGCCAGUGACUUUGGGGCAGGUUUUGUGGAGAGGUACAUGAGGGAGUUUGGCUUCGUCAUUCCUGAGCGGCCAGUGGUGGUAGAUGACGUGAGGGUGAGAGGCACCGGCCACAGCAGGCUUCACCUCGAAGAUACCCCUAAAGCCCAGACCGGGCCACCCCGCGUGGACAAGAUGACCCAGUGCUACUUUGAGGGGGGCUACCAGGAGACCCCUGUGUACCUUUUGGGAGAGCUAGGCUAUGGGCACAAGCUCCAGGGGCCCUGCCUCAUCAUUGACAGCAACAGUACCAUCCUGGUGGAGCCAGGUUGCCAGGCAGAGGUGACCAAAAUGGGGGACAUCCGCAUCUCUGUGGGGGCUGAAGCCUCCAAUGCAGUGGGCACUCGGGUUGACCCCAUCCAGCUGUCUAUCUUCUCACAUCGCUUUAUGAGCAUUGCUGAGCAGAUGGGCCGAAUCCUGCAGCGCACGGCCAUCUCUACCAACAUCAAGGAGCGCCUGGACUUCUCGUGUGCCCUCUUUGGGCCUGAUGGGGGGCUUGUCUCCAAUGCGCCCCACAUCCCUGUGCACCUGGGUGCCAUGCAGGAGACUGUGCAGUUCCAGAUCCAGCACUUGGGGGCUGACUUGCACCCUGGUGAUGUGUUGCUGAGUAACCACCCCAGUGCUGGGGGCAGCCAUCUUCCAGACCUGACUGUCAUCACACCGGUGUUUUGGCCGGGUCAGAUGCAGCCUGUGUUCUAUGUGGCCAGCCGAGGGCACCACGCAGACAUUGGAGGCAUCACUCCAGGUUCCAUGCCCCCCCACUCCACUACACUGCAGCAAGAGGGUGCUGUCUUUCUGUCCUUCAAACUUGUCCAGGGAGGCGUUUUCCAGGAAGAGGCAGUGACUGAGGCCCUCCAGGCUCCAGGCAAGAUCCCCAGCUGCAGUGGAACCAGGAAUCUGCAUGACAACCUGUCUGACCUCCGUGCCCAGGUGGCAGCCAACCAGAAGGGGAUCCAGUUGGUAGGAGAGCUCAUCGGGCAGUAUGGUCUGGAUGUGGUGCAGGCUUACAUGGGCCAUAUUCAGGUGGGUCGGGGGCAGAAGCAUAGGGCAACUGCCUCUGGGCAUCUUGGUCAUCCUGAAGGUGGCAUGGCUGCUGCUGAACCUCCUCCUUGCCAGGCAAAUGCUGAGUUGGCAGUGCGAGACAUGCUGAGGGCCUUUGGAGCCUCCCGGCAGGCCCAGGGCCUGCCCCUCGAGGUGUGUGCAGAAGACAACAUGGAUGACGGCUCCCCCAUCCACCUUCGGGUGCAGAUCAACCCCAGUCAGGGCAGUGCAGUGUUUGACUUCAGCACCACUGGGCCAGAGGUGUUUGGUAACCUGAACGCACCCAGGGCCAUAACGCUGUCAGCCCUCAUCUACUGCCUGCGCUGUCUAGUAGGCCGGGACAUCCCACUCAACCAGGGCUGCCUGGCGCCAGUUCGCGUUGUGAUUCCCAGAGGUUCCAUCCUGGACCCAUCCCCGGAAGCAGCUGUGGUGGGCGGCAACGUGCUCACAUCCCAGCGCGUGGUAGAUGUGAUCCUGAGAGCCUUUGGGGCCUGUGCCGCCUCCCAGGGCUGCAUGAACAACGUGACCCUGGGCAACGCCCACAUGGGCUACUAUGAGACGGUGGCGGGCGGUGCGGGCGCCGGCCCCAGCUGGCAUGGGCGCAGCGGCGUGCACAGCCACAUGACCAACACGCGCAUCACCGACCCCGAGGUCCUGGAGAGCCGGUACCCGGUCAUCCUGCGCCGCUUCGAGCUGAGGCCGGGCUCUGGGGGCCGAGGCCGCUUCCGCGGGGGCGACGGCGUGAUCCGCGAGCUGCUCUUCCGCGAGGAGGCUCUACUGUCAGUGCUGACCGAGCGCCGCGCCUUCCAGCCCUAUGGCCUCCACGGGGGCGAGCCUGGUGCCCGUGGCCUAAACCUGCUGAUCCGUAAGGACGGGCGGACGGUGAAUCUGGGCGGGAAGACAUCGGUGACCGUGUACCCCGGAGAUGUGUUCUGCCUCCACACGCCGGGAGGCGGAGGCUACGGGGACCCGGAGGACCCCGCUCCACCGCCGGGGUCGCCUCCUCAGCCUGCAGCCUUCCUGGAGCGCGGCAGCCUCUAUGAGUACCGGCGGGCCCAGGAGGCUGUGUGAGCGCCUGCGCAAUAAAGAUUCCUGAAGCCGCCCGGCCUGAGGGCGCCGCUAAGG